AUGCCUUCCACAGCCCUGCGAAUGCGCACCCUGCGGGCCUUUGCCCGGCAUGGCACAAACCCCUCGGCCGCCUUCUCCAGGUCCUUCUCGGCGUCGGUGCGCCGGGGCGAGAUCAACAAGGUCUACCCCUCCGCCGCCGAGGCCCUCAAGGACAUGAAGCCCAACUCGACCCUGCUGUGCGGCGGCUUCGGCCUCUGCGGUGUCCCCGACACGCUCAUCGACGAGGUGCUCGAGAAGCCCGACAUCAAGGGCCUUACCGCCGUCUCCAACAACGCCGGCACCGACAACUCGGGUCUCGGCAAGCUGCUCAAGACCAAGCAGGUCAAGAAGAUGAUUGCCAGCUACAUCGGCGAGAACAAGACCUUCGAGAGCAUGUACCUGACGGGCGAGGUCGAGCUCGAGCUAACGCCCCAGGGCACCCUCGCCGAGCGCUGCGCCGCUGGCGGCAAGGGUGUUCCGGCCUUCUACACGCCCGCGGCGUUCGGCACUGUCGUCCAGACCGGCGACCUGCCCCUCAAGAACAAGGCCGACGGCACGCCCGACGUCUACUCGUACCCCAAGGACGUCAAGGUCUUCAACGGCAAGUCGUACCUCCUGGAGCACAGCAUCGCCGGCGACUACGCCUUCGUCAAGGCCUACAAGGCCGACAAGCUCGGCAACUGCCAGUUCCGCCUGGCCGCCAACAACUUCAACGGCGCCAUGGGCCGCAACGCCAAGAUGACCAUUGUCGAGGCCGAGCACAUUGUCGAGCCCGGCGAGAUCCCGCCCGAGGCCGUCCACCUGCCUGGCAUCUACGUCAAGCGCGUCAUCAAGAGCACCACCGACAAGCAGAUUGAGAAGUACACGUGGGCCAAGGACGAGACGGAUGCCGACGCCAAGGCGGCGCUGGGCACCGGUGAUACUGCCGCCAAGCGCGAGCGCAUUGUCAAGCGCGCCGCCAAGGAAUUCAAGAACGGCAUGUACGCGAACCUGGGCAUUGGCAUGCCCAUGCUGGCCCCUGGCUUCGUCGGCGCCGACGUCGAGGUCCAGCUGCAGUCCGAGAACGGCAUCCUGGGCCUCGGCCCGUACCCCAAGAAGGGUGAGGAGGAUGCCGACCUGAUCAAUGCCGGCAAGGAGACGGUGACGCUCAACCCCGGCGCCGCCAUCUUUGGCAGCGAGGAGAGCUUCGGCAUGAUCCGCAGCGGCCGCAUCGACCUCACCAUUCUCGGUGCCAUGCAGGUCAGCGGCACCGGCGACCUGGCCAACUGGAUGCUGCCCGGCAAGGUCAAGGGGUUCGGCGGAGCCAUGGACCUCGUGAGCAACCCGUCCAAGACCAAGGUGGUGGUGACGAUGGAGCACACGGACAAGAAGGGCAACCCCAAGAUCGUCAAGCAGUGCGCGUUCCCCCUGACGGGCCGAGCCUGCGUGUCGAGGAUCAUCACUGAGCUGGGUGUCUUUGAUGUCGAUUUCGCCCACGGACUGACGCUUGUCGAGAUUGCCGACGGCGUCACGGUCGACGAGAUCAAGAGCAAGACAGAGGCUCCGUUCACCGUUGCCAAGGACCUGAAGCCUAUGCUGUAG